UCCACUCUCACGCCCACGGAUGUCGCUGCGCUCGACCGCUGGGCGGCCGCCGAGAAGCGGUACGCGCUCGUCGACACACUCCGGCCUGAACACCUCGCCGAUCUGUACAUCACCCUGCCCACCCGAGAUGGGGCGCACGGCGGCGGCGCACGAGGCUACGCUCCGCCGCGAGAGGGCGACGAGUUGGGAUACGGGCACCACCUCGGGUUCUUCCAUCCCCGGAACCCGGAGAAGCAGCUGCGCUGGGACGGCACGGACGUCGACUUCAGCCCCCCAGAGCCGUUCAAGCGCCGCAUGUGGGCGGGAGGGCGCAUGGAAUGGAAACGGCCACUGCACGUAGGAGACAGAGUGGAGGCGGCCUCGACGAUAACGUCCGUGGAGAAGAAGGGUUUCGCGUCUGGCGAAACAGGGACGCCCAUGGUGUUCGUGAAGCAGAAGCUAGAGUACCGGAAACAGGGCACGGGCGAUGUAUGCGUCGAAGAGGAACGGUCGCAUGUGUACCUGGCGACGGCGGGCAGCGGGCGGGCCGCGAAGGAGGUGAAGGAUCUGCCGAAGCCGGACUUCACGUUCGAGUGCUUGCCCACGCCGACGACGCUCUUCCGGUUCUCAGCACUCACCUUCAACGGGCACUACAUCCACCUUGACAGGGAGUAUGCGCAGAAGUCCGAAGGGUAUCCGGAGAGGCUUGUUCACGGCCCAUUGACCGCGUUGAUGCUGCUGGAUGUGACUGCGCUGAAAAUCCCUGGCAGAGCCUUCAAGACAUUUGAGUAUCGUGCUGUGAAUCCGAUUCCAGUGAAUCGGCGAAUCAGCAUUCACGGCGCACGAGAAAGCGAAGAAACGAUACGGGUCUGGGCGGAGGCGGAGGAAUUAGAGACGGGUCGCCUGGUGGUUGGGAUGACCGGAAAGAUUACCUUAACUGAUGUAUGA